AAAGCGAAACAGAAAGAAAAAAUUAAAUUACGAUAUCUUUUGCAGACUUACUAAUCGUAUAAACGGUUAAAUGUUUUGAAUUAUUGAUGAAAUGAAGAGAAAUGCCGUUUGAGAUGAAGAUUAGAGUGAAUGAUAUAUACAUAUAUUAAUACUUAUGAAUACAUAUGAAUACCGAAUUGAUGGUCAUUUGUGAAGUGAAAUCAAAGUAAACCCAAAUCCAGUGGUUUUGUGGAUCGAAAUGAUGGCAAUACGAAAGUUGUUUCGCCUCAAGACUGGCUCCAGUUCCCGAUCGGUGGGCUCUAAAGACAAUUCCAGUAAACGUUCAAAAAAGUCGUCGACGUCUUCGUCCUCUCCGUCAUCGCACUCGUCGUCUCCGACACCACACAACUCGAGCUCACAGUCGACUCGUAUCUGUUUAGUGAGCGGACACUCGACGGCCCGUAACCACCAAAUAGUUCCGACAAGUGAUCAGCCAAUGAGUCAGUCCGAGCCAAACAAGCCAUCGAUCAAACCAUCCAAUUGUACGAUCAGAUCGCGACGUCUUCUCAAAGAGUACCGCGAAUUAAGCCGUUCUCUACAUAACACCGACAAUGCAUUCACACCCUAUUCGGUAGACUUAGUCAAUGACUCUCUCAACGAGUGGAAUAUCAAAGUCUAUCAGUUCGACACCGACUCUCAGUUUUAUAAGGAUAUGCAAGAGUUAAACGUAGAGUAUGUGCUCCUAAACGCUACAUUCCCUGAGAACUAUCCGUUUGCCCCACCAUUCGUUCGGGUCGUCUCUCCACAUAUUGAGAAAGAUCAGGUAUGGGAGGUAUGGGACGUAUCCUAA